AACACAGGAACGCGAAUCGGCGCUCUCAGGAAAGCGUUAAACGAAAACGACGACCUCUAGCUUUACUACGUAGGUGUUCGUGAUCCCUAACUGCGCGCCGGUGACGAAGUUCUCAAUGAAUGAUGUCGAGCUCCUCUCCGGUAGAACGGGUGAACCGUGGAGCUCUUCAGUCCGCGGGAGCGCCGUUAACGCUGCAGGUGACACGCACUAGACCGACCGAGCGAUGCUCUGCUGUUCAUCCCCACGAAAGCGACAAACGCGCGGAAAUAGUGUGACCUGGGAAUAGUCUCGUCUUGUCUGUCAUGCGUCUGGAGGAGCGCUGCGAGGCUUCAGCAUGAAAUCCUUGAAACAUCCUUCAAACACUCUCCUGAAAUUAACCGUCCUUUCCCUUUUCAUUCAAAACUCCAGGACGGAGACCGAAGCAUCCAUGAUGGCUAGCAGGGCGGUGACAGAAGGCUGCCCUUUAGGUCAGUUCCCUUGCGGAAACAUGAGUGUGUGUCUGCCCCAGGUCCUUCAGUGUAAUGGUCACAAUGACUGCAUGAAUGGAGCGGACGAGGAACACUGCGGAGACAACAGCGGAUGGGCAGAUAACUUUGAUCGAAACUUUAAGAAGGCAGAGCCACAGGACCUUCCUAAUGACUGCUUUCUGCUGCAGUACCCGGAGAGCUGUGAUUGCAUUAAGACGGAGGUGGAAUGUGUGGACGUGAACCUGCAUAUUGUGCCAGCCCUCUCCUCUAAUGUGACUUGGUUGUCCCUGAAGAACAACAGGAUUAGGAAUUUGGAUGAUCACAUCUUCUCCAAGUACACACAGCUGCAGAGACUGUUUCUUCAGAACAACAUCAUUCAGAUGGUCUCAAGCCGUGCCUUCAGUGGACUAUUCAAUCUAGAAAAACUGUUUCUCAGCCAGAACCACAUAUCUUAUUUAGGACCGGGUGUAUUCAGAGAUCUACACAAAUUAGACUGGUUAGUCUUAGAUCACAAUCCACUUAAAAGCAUCACCCAUGAUACGUUCAUCGGUUUGAGGUCGCUGACAUUUCUAUCAAUGGUGAACACAUCCCUUACGCGGCUGCCCGACUCAAGUCUCUGUCAACACAUGCCCUUGCUUAGGUGGCUGGAUUUCGCUGAGAACCACGUUGAGUUGCUGAAUUACUCCACUCUGAAGACAUGCACAGAGCUCACAGUGCUAUCACUGCAUGACAAUAAAAUCAAGAUCCUUCCAGAAAACACUUUUCAUUCUCUUGGAUCUUUGGUUGAACUAGAUUUGUCUUGCAACGGAAUUUUUGAUCUUCCUAUAAACAUUUUCAGGAGUUUACGAUAUCUUCAGAAAUUGAACAUAUCCCAUAAUCCUUCACUUUAUAUUCAUGACAGUCACUUCGAUCACCUGGUUCAACUUGAAUCUCUAAGUCUGGAGGGCAUUGAAAUUCCUGAUAUAACCACCAAGAUGUUUCUUUCGAUGGGAAAUCUGUCCCACAUAUAUUUUAAGGAUUUUCAGUACUGUUCCUAUGCCCCACAUGUUCGGAAAUGUAAACCUAAUACAGAUGGCAUUUCAUCAGUGGAAGACCUGUUAGCCAGCCUGGUUCUGAGGGUGUCCGUCUGGGUUAUGGCCUUCAUCACCUGCUUCGGAAAUCUUUUUGUUAUCGGAAUGCGCUCCUUCAUUAGAGCAGAGAACAACCUGCAUGCAGCCUGCAUCAAAGUCUUGUGUUUUGCUGACUGUCUGAUGGGAGUCUAUCUUUUCUUCCUGGGGAUAUUUGAUGUGAAAUUCCGGGGUGAAUAUAACCGGAACGCUCUUAUCUGGAUGGAUAGCGUGGAAUGCCGAACCAUUGGCUUUCUCGCCAUGCUCUCCUCUGAAGUAUCUGUUCUCCUCCUCACCUACUUGACACUAGAGAAAUUCCUUGUCAUUGUGUUCCCGUUUAGCCAUCUGCGGCCCGGGAAGCUACAGACAGUGUUGGUUCUGGCCUUCAUCUGGAUUCUGGGAUUUGUCAUAGCAGCUGUUCCCUUGUUAAAUGAAGAUGUUUUUGGGAACUAUUACGGGAGAAAUGGAGUGUGUUUUCCUCUGCACUCUGAUAGGCUGGAAAAACCAACAGCCAAAGGGUACUCCACGGGGAUAUUUCUUGGUCUUAAUCUGGUGGCGUUCUUGGUGAUUGUCGUUUCCUAUUCCAGCAUGUUCUGUUCCAUUUAUAAAACCGGCAUCAACGCCACAGAUGUGCGCAGUCGGCUGCACAAAGAUGUGGCCGUGGCCAACCGCUUUUUCUUUAUUGUGUUCUCUGACGCCCUCUGCUGGAUACCCAUAUUUUUGGUCAAAACCCUUUCUCUGCUAAAAGUCGAGAUCCCAGGGACAAUUAACUCCUGGGUGGUGAUCUUCAUUCUUCCUAUCAACAGCGCCCUUAACCCUAUUCUCUACACCCUGACCACCAGCUUCUUCAGAGAGCAGGUGGAGCUUCUCCUGUGCCGCUGGCAGCGGCGCUCAGCGUCAAAGAAAGACCGCAAGAGUCUCACCAGCUCCACCAUCUACAUGGAACCUUCUCGAAAUGCAGAAUACCCUGCAAAAAUGUCCUUGCCGCGAAUGUCUGCGGCAGACAUGGAUAGCCAAUACGGGUGAAAGAGCCUGUGAGUAAAAGGUAUCGCGGUGUAAUCAUAGUAUAAUCAUAUGUUCAGACUGGAGAGGAACAGUCUUUCCUGAAAAAAACUGAAUAUGGAGCGCUCUUUUUAGGUGCAUGACUCUCUACAGUUUUCUCCAUUAGGAGAAGCAUUUUACCUUUGCUAGAUACGUGCCUAGGACCUCUACAUUUCCCCCUAACACGAUUUGUCCCUGAACUCAGCUUGUUGUUUGUUUCCGAAAGAUUUAAAAAAAAAAAGAAAAUCAAUGAGUGUGAAAUACAGCGCGUAAGACUGUAGGUAUUUACUGCAGAGCACAACUUUGAGGAAUCAAAGGAACUUUAAAAACCUUUUUUAUGUAAACGUUUCAAUAUGUGGUUUUUGAGAUUGAAUUUGACGUUACGUGUCUUGUACAGCACAGUGUUUUUUUGUUUGUUUGUUGUUUUUUUUAAAGCUUGCUCUGACAUUUCACUGAAAAGAUGCAUCAAAAGGAAUGCCUCAGAGUUGUCUGUUCGUCUGCAAAAGAAAACGGAUCCUGACUGAACACAAGCAUGCAAUCAACGCGCAUAGAUACAUUGGUUUUUUUUCUUUAUUUUUUACAACAAUGCAAAAGUGUUUUAUUUUUAUAUUCACGUAUAUUAUUUAUAAGUUGGAUUUUUUUCUACCCAUCUCAAGAUAUGUGAACAAAUAUUCAAAGUCAGACGUGCAUAUGUUCAUAUUUUGAGUGCUUAUGUCAUUUGUCAAACAACAUAUAAGUGACAAUCUGAAGAAGUCCAUCUGCAACUGACUAUCAAGCCAAGGAUUUCCUUGUCCUUUAAUCACUGUAUGACAGAGUUUUUAAACUCUUAGUAAAAAAAAAAGUGUUGAUUAUUUAUAAUUUAUUAUAAAAGACAAUACACCCCAUGAA